AUGUCUGAAUUCCAAGGACCCAGAAUCGCCAUCAUCGGCAUUGGCAAGGUCGGCGCCGCCGUCGCCUACUCCAUCAUCCACAAGCAAAUUGCCAGCGAGGUCCUCAUCCUAGAUCUCAAGGAGGAUUUCCAAGAUGCCCAGGUACAGGAUCUCCGUGACUCCACCAGCUUUGGCAUCUCCCCCCGCGUUCGCCCAGGCACCUGGAAGGAAUGCGGCCAGUGCGACAUCAUUGUGUUCACAGCCGGCACCAACCAAAAGGCCGGAGAGUCUCGCCUCUCUCUUCUUCAGCGCAACCUCGGCGUCAUCCGCGGCGGCUUCGAGAAGAUGUCCCCUUUCAAGGAGGAUGCCAUCCUCGUCAUGGUCACAAACCCCGUCGACAUCAUGACAUACUUCGCCGUCAAGUACUCCGGCCUUCCCGCCAACCAGGUCUUCGGCAGCGGUACUAUUCUCGACACAACCCGCCUCAAGGACACCAUUGCCCAGCGGGCCAAGGUCGCUCCUCGCGCUGUCCACGCUUAUGUCGUUGGUGAGCACGGCGACUCCCAGACCAUCGCCUGGUCCAACAUGGCCAUCGGCGGCAUCCCUGUCGACCAGGUCCUUCCCCUCGAUAUCGAAGAAAAGCACGAAGUCGCCGAGUUUGUCAGAUUCAAGGCCGACAGACUAAACAAGGUCAAGGGAGAGACCUCUUUCGGCAUCGGCGCCGUCAUUUCCUCCAUCUGCACAUCCAUCCUCCUCGACGAGCGCCACGUGCUACCCCUAAGCCACUACCACAGCGACUACGGCAUGUGCUUCAGCAAGCCUGCCAUUGUCGGGCGCCGUGGCAUUGUCAAGUCGUUGGAUAUUAUUCUCGAUGAGGACGAGCAGGCCUCAUUGGAGAAGUCCAUCAACAAGCUGAAGACGGUCGCUUACGCGACGGAGAACCCCGAGCCCGUAAUUGCGAGCCGACUAUAA